AUGACUGUUUCGAUAGACGACAAAGUAGAUGGCAGCCAUGAUCUUGUUGCAAUCAUUGGAGGAACAAACGCUGGAGACAGCGCCUGGCCCUGGCAAGUAUCUGUCAAAUACAUGCACAGGUUUAUGUGCGGGGGCACGCUGCUCAACGAAAAUACCGUCUUAACAGCCGCGCAUUGCAUCAUCAAACGACGGGCCAACUUGUUCCGGGUCAAUGUUGCAGACUACAACAGACGUGCAUCCGAACUAGAGAGAACAGAACUGUCAGUCAAAGUGAAGAAGGUUUACAUCCAUCCGGACUAUAACAAAAUAACUUUAAUUAAUGAUGUGGCCAUUCUGAAACUUAAAAAGCCAGUCGCCUUCGGAACAUACAUCCAGCCCAUAGAGCUAGCCACGUCCGCCAUGGAUGUGUCAUCGUACACAUGUUACAUAACAGGGUGGGGCCUCCGCCACAUAGGAGAGUCUAUGACAGCUAACACCAUCCUCCAGCAGGCGGCGGUAUCUGUCAUCUCUAACGACGAGUGCCAGAAAGGGCUUAGUGACCAAGUAACCGACGACAUGAUAUGUACUGACGAUCCGACGAAGGACACGUGUCACGGCGACAGUGGCGGUCCCUUACAGUGUGAGAUCGAGGCUGGAAGAUGGGUUCAGGUCGGCAUAACGUCAUGGGGAAACAAGGAUUGUUUGAAUGGACCAUCCGUAUACAGCCGAGUAUCCUACAACAGAGCUUGGAUUAUUGAAUUGAUGUGAUGAUGGCUGCUGGUGCCGACACGGCCUUUAAAUUGUAUGACUUAUCACAGAAAUCAAUUCAUAGUCGAUCAAUCAGUGAAAGCCACAGGGGCAUGAAUCCAUGCCCCUGUGGUGAAAGCGACACAUUCAAAUGCUGACAUUUCAAAGAAAUUUAUCAAAUGUUGACCAACCGGUGGCAAGAACAUGUCGGUAUUUGUAACGAUACGAAAUUCAAUAUGACGUCACUUUCAUUAUAGACCAAUGAUAAGAAUAAAACAAUUUUAGACCAACCAAUAUCGCCAGAACAUUCAGUAUAGACCAACUUGUGACGACACGACAUAAACCCACAGGAACCUGAUAAUUUGUUACAACUACAAUUGGCCCUAAACUAAGGUGUUCAGAGAGUUUUACACGUUUGAGCAGUUAAUUCAGUUCAACUUUCGGUAAAAAUGCCACCCCAAGAAUUGAGCAAUACCCCUCAAACGGGUUAAGUUACUCUGAACACCUUAGUUUAGGUCUGCAUUGGCUGUAACAAAUUCGCAUGUCCCUGUGGUAUAGUGUUAUUUGUGUCAUCGGGAUUUUAAUAGAAGAAAAUGGUGACUUGUUAAACAGAUUUUCUUUAAUGUUUUCCUACAGUUUGACCACUCCAUUCCAAUCCAAUGAUCAAUUUGUUUCGAAAUACGAUAUAAAAAGGAGGGAAAUAUAAUUUUCAUAAAUGUAGCUCACAUGGCGUCUUGGGGGAUAUAAACGGCCAAUCUGUGCUUGGAUUGGUCACUGUCCGUAAUUACAAAAUCUAUAUAUCAGUUAUAUCGACGAAAUGUUAACCGCCUACAAACACUUGAGUGCGUUGAAGCGAUUCUAAAAAGGGGAGAAAAUCAUAAGUUCAUUAUUUGGGAAAUCAGCGGUUUUCGUUCACAUCAAGAAAACAAGUCUUCUGAAAACUCACUGAGAUUUGUUUUUAUAUAUCUGAUAUUAUG